AUGGGUCCUGAGAACCACCAAACACGGCUCGCGUCCCUGUGCCUUGGCCACUGCGGGGCAGACGAGCUCGACAUUCAGCUUGGUAUCGGCCUCAAAUCUCUCAUUGAUCAGCCGCCAUGGAGCCGCUCACCCUCAGAUGCGCUGUUCGAGUCCUCAGAUGCCAUCGCCGCAGUAUGUCUGGGGGUCGCAAGUGGCAUACUACUCUCUAGAUUCCCCACGAGGUUCCUCAAUACGUCUUAUUUCCAGAAGCGUGCACCUGUUAGCCAACCUUCUCAACCCGGUCACGUCCCCCCAAUCUCUUGGGUAUUUACCGCCGAUCAAGAGACGUGUGACGACGUCCAGACAAUCCUGUCGGCAGCCUUCGAAAUGGCAAGCAAGUCCCCGAUACGAAGUCGAGACCAAGCCUUCAGAGAAGCCAGCUUCUAUGUCCCAUAUGAGAUCGCCAGGCUCAACCCAGAUGCCCCGCGCUUCAGGGUCGAGGACAUGGGCGUAAUGCCACCUCUUAAAAAGCUGUGGAAGGACAUGGACAACCUCGGUUUCCACGUAACUGCCCCCUUCGACGUGGAGAAAGAGGCCCGUGUGUUCCUGUAUUUCCCCAACGACGCACCUCGGGCAACCGCCGCCUUCCUGGCCAUCAACACUGAAUUCCACCCUGUAGGACAGCCCAACUCGCAAGGAAAAGUCACAACGCCUGAGGACCAGGACAAAGUCACCACAAUCGCAUCAAUCAUCUGGAUCUGUCAAAAUAUAAAUUGGCGGCGUCAUCAUCCCCAUGUCCUUGACCGGAUCGAACCCGGACAUUUGCCAGUUAUCAUGAGUUUCCGCGAGACGGCCUGCGGUUCAUCCUGGGACACUCACAAGGAGCUUUUCACCAGCAAAGAGGCGCACAAUAUCAUGGUUAACUUAACUAAGAUCACCUCAUAA